CUCCCACAGAAUCAAGAUUUCUCCACAAGGCAAGUGCUACUGAAUCAUAAUCAUCUUGAGUUCUUCUUAUUACAUAUAUAGCUUUAUCAUGAAGAACUCGCAUUCUUUUAUUUCUUUACACAGCCAUCCACAUUUCCUUCUUUUAGUCUGAGAAUUGUGAGGGUGAAGAAGAAGAAGAAGAAAGAAACCAAAUUCUCAGUCUCACAUUGCGCAAGAUCCAAGUGGUAUAUCAUCAAUUGUGUAGAAAGAUGGUGGCUACAAUUGAGGACAAAGGUAAACAAAAAAUGGUAUAUGAUAGUGAAGAUGAUGAUCUUGCAAAACCCCCUCCAAGAAUAGUAAGAGCACUUGUUGUGGAAAAUGAUGACCGCAUUCGGAAGAUUCAUGAAAAAAAGUUGAAACAACUUGGUGUGGAAACUCGUUCAGUGAAAACCGGCCGAGAAGCUAUAGAAAAAAUUUGUGUUGAUGAAAUCUACGACUUAGUUCUCAUUCGUAGGACUUUGCCUUUCAUGGAUGGACUUGAGGUGACGAAGAUGCUGCGAAAAAUGGAGUACCCUACAACGAUUGCUGGUGUGUCGCAACCCCUUACAGAUUUAGAAAAGAUAGAAUUUUAUAGUGCAGGGCUAGAUAUUUGCAUUGAUAACGAGACACCCUUGACCCGUAGAACACUAGAAUUCAUUGUUAAAACUGUUUCUCCCCGCAAAACUUGGAAGCAAAGAUCUGAUUACCUAUGUUUUCUCAUUCACGGUCCUCCUUCUGGUCCUGGUUCAAGUUCUACUUCUAAAAACGUUUGUGAAGAAGAUUAAGCAGCAUGCAUCUGCAUGGCCUUUUCAGGAUGAUCCAUGGAUUGUGUA